AUGCCUCACGCCGACUCCUCCUACUUCAUGCCAGGCUCCUCCAAGGCCGAAAUCUAUGAGCAGCUUCUAAUGUCCACACAAGGUCUCCUGGACGGCCAGCGCAAUUGGAUUAGCAAUCUCUCCAACGUCGCCUCCCUCCUCUGGCACGCCUACGCCGCCCUCCCAGAACCUUCUGCCUCAGUGAACUGGGCCGGCUUUUACAUUCGCGACGACAAAUUCCCCGCUCUCGCCUCGCCUGUCACCUCGCCGCCCCUGUCCGGCGCAUCUAACUCUGGUGUGAUUAUCUCGACCACAUACUCCUCCUCGGAGAACCAGCUUCUCCUCCUGGGCCCCUUCCAGGGAAAGCCUGCGUGCCAGGAGAUUCGCUUCGGUAAGGGUGUUUGCGGUACCGCGGCGGCGAAGGCGGAGACAGUCAUUGUUCCGGAUGUUCUGACCUUCCCUGGGCACAUUGCAUGUGACGCGGAGAGUCGUAGUGAGAUUGUUGUGCCUAUUUUGACUGUUGCUAUUAUUGACAUUGACUGCACCGAGCCCUCUGGAUUUGACGAGGAGGAUAAAAAGUACCUUGAGCAAUUGGCGACUUUCUUGGCUGAGAACUGUGAUUGGUAA